CCGACACCUGGACACGCCGGGCGACGCGCAGCUUUUAGGGUCGGGUCGCGAGCCCCGGCGCCGUCCGCGACCGCCAUGGCCAUGUCGAUGACGCCGGCGAUGCAGGCGGAGAUCAAGAUCCUGCCCGGCAACGACCGCUGCGUCGACUGCGGGGGCCCGCACCCGCAGUGGGCGUCCGUGACCUUCGGCGCGCUCAUGUGCCUCGAGUGCUCCGGGGCGCACCGGGGCAUGGGCGUCCACAUCUCCUUCGUGCGGUCCGUGACCAUGGACUCGUGGAACGAGAAGCAGCUCGCGCUCAUGAAGGGCGGCGGCAACGCGGAUCUGAUCGCGUUUUGGAAGAAGCACGGCGUCGACCCGCGCAUGCCCCACAACGCCAAGUACCACGAGCCGGCGAGCGAGCUCUACAAGGACCGGCUCCGGGCCAAGGUCGAGGGCAAGCCCCUGCCGACGCAGCUGCCCCAGCGCAAGGCCGCGCCGGCGUCUUGCUACGACGCGCCGGGCGGCGGGUCCAUGUCCGCCGGGGGCUUCGGCGGCGGCGACACCAAGGGCGCCGAGGCCCUCAAGGGCGAGACGGAGGACCAGUACGUCGCGCGCCAGCGGCGCCUCCAGGCGGAGGCGCGCGAGCGCAUGCGCGCCAAGUUCGGCGGCGGCGGCAUGGGCGGCGUCGGGUCCAACAGCGACUACAACCCGGCGACGGGCGGCUACGGCGCCGGCGGCGGCCUGUCGCUGGGCGGCGUCGGCGACAAGCUCAAGGGCUGGGGCGCCGCGGCGGGCGCGGGCCUCGGCAACGUCGGCGCGGCGCUCGGCG